ACAAGGCACUACACAGUUCCUGCAUUUUUAAAGAUCUUUCUAUAUCUAACCCAAGCAUCCGUCACGGAAAAUGUCUUUUUUAUCUAUGUUCCUGCCUGAUUCUUUAACCAUUUGUUUGAUCUUCAGUUUACUAAUCUUGAUAGGUUCUUUGUACUUUUUCAAUGGUGCGAAAAAAUCAGCAUUUAAAAUGCCACCUGGUCCAAAACCUUUACCCAUAAUUGGAAACCUGCACUUGUUAAAUUUCAGAAGGCAGGACUUAUCUUUGAUCAAGCUCUCAGAGACCUAUGGACCAAUAUUUACUAUUCACCUGGGUAUGAAAAAAGCAGUUGUACUGACUGGAUUGAAUACUAUAAAAGAGGCUCUUGUGGAUUUUGCAGAUAGUUUUUCAGACCGAGCUGCACUCCCAAUUUUUUAUGAAAUCCAACAUGGAAAUGGUGUUUUCUUUUCUAAUGGAGACAUGUGGAAAACCUCAAGACGUUUCACUAUAUCUAGCAUGAGGUCCCUUGGAAUGGGUAAAAAACUCAUAGAAGACAGAAUUGUAGAUGAACUACAGUUCCUCAUAGGGAAGGUCCAGUCUUUUAAUGGCAAUCAAUUUAAGCUGAAAGAAUUUGCCUGUGCACCUACAAAUAUAACAUUUUCCAUGAUAUUUGGAAGCAGGUUUGAGUACAAAGAUCCUUUAUACAUAAGGAUGUUGGACUUAAUUGACGAUAUAGUUGUUUUGCUUGGAUCUCCUUACUUACAGGUAUUUAACAUCUAUCCAGCUUUUGGCUUCCUGAUGAGGACACACAAGAUUAUUCUUCAAAAAAUUGAUGAGAUUUGUUUGAUCUUAAAAAAAGAAAUCAAGGAAAAAAGGCAGACAAUCAAUAAUAACUGCAUAAAUACCUUUGUUGAAAUGAUUGUAGCCAAACAAGAAGAGGAAAGAAACAAUGACUGCAGCCUUUUCCAUGAUGAUAAUUUGCUGGCAACCACCCUGGACCUUAUUAUGGCCGGUACAGAGACAACGUCUACCACACUGAUGUGGGGGCUGUUACUAAUGAUGAAAUAUCCUGACAUACAAAAAAAAGUUCGAACAGAGAUCCAAAAUGUUUUGCCAUCUGGUCGUCUCCCUACGUUUGAAGACAGGAAUUCAAUGCCCUUCACACAGGCAGUAAUACACGAAGUCCAGAGAUUCGCAAAUCUUCUUCCACAUAUACCACAUGCAACAUCAGCAGACACCCAUUUUAAGGACUACUAUAUUCCUAAGGGUACUACUGUGAUCCCUUUACUGGCGUCAGUGCUGUACGACAAAUCCCAUUGGGAGACACCCUUCGAGUUCAAUCCGAAUCACUUCCUUGAUGCAGAAGGAAAGUUUGUGAAGAACGAAGCAUUUGUACCAUUCUCCAUAGGGCGGAGACUUUGCGUUGGAGAAAGUCUGGCAAGGAUGGAGCUAUAUAUAUUUUUCACAGGUUUACUUCAAAAAUUUAUAUUUGUCCCUCCUCCGGGCACAAAGGAGUGUGACCUCAUCCUCACAGCUGAUCCCUGCUUCACGCUAAGACCACAGCCUGGACAAGAGUGCUGUGCUCAGAUACAAGGAUAAACACAACCUGGCCUAGAGUGCAGCACUCUCAGUAUAGGCCGCAGCCUGGACAAGAGUGCUGUGCUCAUAUACAAGGAUAAACACAACCUGGCCUAGAGUGCAGCACUCUCAGUAUAGGCCGCAGCCUGGACAAGAGUGCUGUGCUCAUAUACAAGGAUAAACACAACCUGGCCUAGAGUACAGCACUCUCAGUAUAGGCCGCAGCCUGGACAAGAGUGCUGUGCUCAUAUACAAGGAUAAACACAACCUGGCCUAGAGUGCAGCACUCUCAGUAUAGGCCGCAGCCUGGACAAGAGUGCUGUGCUCAUAUACAAGGAUAAACACAACCUGGCCUAGAGUGCAGCACUCUCAGUAUAGGCCGCAGCCUGGACAGGAGUGCUGUGCUGGAAUACAAAUAAGGGGCCAUUCCAGUGUAUCAGAAUUACGGUGCAAAGUGCAUCAUGUGACUUUUUAUAGGGCCUUUAAAUUCUACCCAUUCAAGUAUGUUAAAAAAAAUUGCAUUAAUGCCUUCUAAAACAAGCUUUACAAAGUAUUUGUGGCUCAGUAACACCACAUAUAAUUAGGGACUGUAAGGUCACAUGAAUAAUUUGACAACAGUAUUCCACUCAAUCAGAAAUUCCGACUACAAUUUUUGAGCAAAUUUAGCAGAAUCUUUGGACUUUUCAUAUUCUACAUUUUAGUUAUUGGACAUGCUCAGUUUAUAUGUUAAUAAACAAGAUAUUUUCUUUGUUUACUCAUUUAGCCAUGAAUUGUUAUUAAAUGGACGUGUUACCUAUAUGCUAAAUCAGGGUUCUUCAAAGCAUGGUUGGUGACCCAUUACCGGGUCGCAACACCGAGUUUACUGGCUUGCAAGCACUGUUCCCUAGACUCUAGACUGCAGCAUCGAUAAACAGACUUUGAUGUCGCUUGACUUACGCUAAUGGCACAAACUUAACAAAAGUUGCCAGCUAAUGAGAGCUAAGUAUGCAGAACCGGCCAUUCCCCACCUGCACACACCUACUGUAAACCGAAGCCUGCACAUGAUGCUAUGCUCACUGAUUGGCCGUACCAAAUGACAGUACACCUAAAAGGGGAGGGUAUAAAUUUGUCGCCUGAACACAGCGCUUGCUCCUGGUUGCAGCAAAGGAUUUAGCUAUGGCAAAGGUUGUCUGGAUAUUGGGUGGGCGAUGAUGGGGCUGGCAGAGUAAGCAUCCAGAAGAAAGUAACAGAUACACCUGCUGCACAGCUGAGUUAGCUGAUUAUUUAAUACAAUACAUUUGGGAAGGUUUUUGGGAUAGUUUGAAGUUUGUUUUGUCUUCAGUGCAAAUGAUGUGCAGUGCUGCAUUACUUAUAAGUGUAUACAAUAUGUCUAUUGCCAGCUACAUACAGUUACAAGAGAUCUUAUGGCAGAAGUGGCAGGGUUUCCAGUUAUCAGGUCUUUUAAGGUAAAAAUAAUCUUGUGACAUCCAAAGUGGAACUGGUAUCACGUGAUAGCCACAUAAAGAACACAUUUAAAAAUUAGAUAAGUGCUGUUAAAGUAUCUUUGGACUCAUGCCUGGAAAAUAUCAGUGCUGUAUCUGUUGACUGCAAUACUUUGCAGCCCUCUAUAAAAGCCAAAGGGAACCUGUCACAUGAACAGUGUUUUCAUAAACCUGUAAAGAUAAAAAUAUAUUUGAGAGUGGUGUGAGCUG